CCAACACUCUCUUCCUCUCAGGGCUCCAAUUAUCACCCUCCAUAUUCAUUGAUAAUUACUCAGCUCUAUAUUUAUAUCUAUAUCCAUAUCGAUUUUGAAAUAUUCUUAGAAUUUGCCACUUUUAAUGGCUUCGCCUCCAGACAUGAGCAAGAAUGUAAAACUCGAGCGCUACAACAGCUACAUCCGACGCGUUAACAGCACGAAACUCUUAGCUGCAUCAUCCAAACUUUUAUUCCGUGUUACCCUUUUAGUCGCCUUGAUUUUGAUAUUCUUUUUUACAUUCAACUAUCCUCCGCUAGCUGAAAACUCUACUCCAGCUAGCGGAGCUCAUCACAGCAUCCAUACCACGUCUCACCUCCUUUCAUCCGCGUUUUAUGGAAGUGGCGCGGCAUGGGAGAAGGAGGUGAGGCGUUCCUCAACCCCCAGGCGCCCAAAUGGAUUCUCAAUCCUGGUCACGGGCGCCGGUGGUUUUGUAGGGACACACUGUUCCCUCGCGUUGAAAAAACGCGGAGAUGGUGUCCUGGGAUUGGAUAACUUCAAUUCCUACUAUGACCCGUCUUUAAAACGGGCCAGACAAAAGCUUUUGAAACAACACGAGAUCUUCAUUGUUGAAGGUGAUUUAAAUGAUGGAGAGCUUUUAGCUAAGCUUUUCGACAUUGUCCCAUUUACACAUAUUCUUCAUUUAGCCGCACAAGCUGGCGUGCGUUACGCUAUGGAAAAUCCACAAUCUUACAUCCAUUCAAACAUUGCUGGAUUUGUUAACUUACUUGAAGUAGCAAAAAACGCUGACCCACAACCCGCAAUUGUUUGGGCCUCUUCUAGCUCUGUUUACGGGCUAAAUACCGAGAACCCAUUUUCAGAAUCACACCGCACAGACCAGCCCGCAAGUCUAUAUGCAGCCACAAAGAAAGCAGGGGAAGAAAUUGCACAUACUUACAAUCAUAUUUAUGGGCUUUCACUUACGGGUCUAAGGUUUUUCACAGUUUAUGGGCCAUGGGGCCGACCCGAUAUGGCUUACUUUUUUUUCACUAAAGAUAUAUUGCAAGGGAAAGCUAUUAAUGUGUAUCAAACACAUGACGACAAAGAAGUGGCGCGUGACUUCACGUUCAUCGACGAUGUCGUGAAGGGGUGUUUGGGGGCAUUGGACACGGCGGAGAAGAGUACCGGGAAAGGCGGAAAGAAGCGCGGUCCGGCGCAGUUGAGGAUAUAUAAUUUGGGGAACACGGCUCCGGUGACAGUUGGGAAAUUGGUUUCAAUAUUGGAAAGUUUGUUAAGUGUCAAGGCUAAGAAGCAUGUGAUUAAGAUGCCUCGAAACGGCGACGUUCCAUUUACUCAUGCUAAUGUGAGUUUGGCUUAUAAAGAUUUCGGGUAUAAACCCACUACCGAUUUGUCAACCGGGUUGAGAAAGUUUGUUAAAUGGUAUGUAAGUUAUUACGGUAUUCAACCGAAGGUAAAAGGGUCAAACGACUCGGUGUGAUCCCGUUAUGUCUUCUUUGAUGUUUUCUCUUCUUUUUUCUAUCAUUUUUCCACACUUAUAAUUUUCAUUAAAUCCGUCGGAUGAUGUAUAUCAAGUAAAAUGAAGAUGGUUGAAGUCGUCUGGUUUUCAAGAACAAAGAAGUGAUCAAUUAAAUUAGAAGAUGGAUUUUGGAGCUUCAAGGAAGAAGAAAUCAAGAAAGUGAACUUGGAUAUUGUUGUAUCAUAGUUUAAACUUAGUUUUUUCGUAUAAAUAUAUGUAUACAUACAACAUAUCGUAACAUAAAGAAAUAUAUGGAAAUGAAGGUGAGGAAAUGUAGAUCUGAGAAGUGGAGGGUUAAAAUUAUAAUUUUAUUAUUGAUUAGAUGUAAAUUUGAACAUAAUUGAUUUUGUACCCAAAAAGCAUAGGGUGAAGAUCAAGUUGUUAAAUUUUUGAAAUUUAAAGAAAAAGUUUGGCAUUGA